AUGAAAGCUCCACUGCAAUUGUGCAGUGCGCAGCUCAACAGAUUUGUUGAGCUGCUCCAACUGGAUGACUUCCUCAACUUUGCUGACGAUAUUCGUCCAUUCGACGAUGAUGAAACAGUAAAUGAAACAUCAAAAGACAGCAGUGCAGAUCAAGUUCUGAGUGUGUCUGUUCCUGUGAAUAAUAAGGAAAUUAAACCAAGCAGGAAUCCAGCUAUUGGUAAAAGGAAAGAGCAGACCCUGAGGGAACUGCAGAUGGCAUAUUAUGCUGGAGCCAUUGCAGUUCAACAGGAAAAGUUGCUCCUUAUGAAAUCCCAGAGAGAGUUUUUUGAGGAGGGAAAGCUCAUGAUGGCAUUUGCCAAAGACAAACUGUAAAAGAAUGUCAUAAAACAACAUUUUUUAUCAUAAAAAAAAAAUAAUUCUAAAAAUGAUAAUAAAUGAUACAAAUUACAUUUGUAGCCGGGGUUUGUGUAAACAACACAAUGGGUUUAAGUUCCAAGUUUUUAAUAUAAUUAUGUGAAUGAUGGUCAGUGACCAAGACUUAGUGUAGAAAGUGGCAAUUGAAAAUAGCCAACUACAACAUCUACCUCUUGCAAGGUUUUACAUACAAGUGACUUAACAUUUAGUUACUAUUUAAAAUUAUAUGGAUGAACAUGAAAUCAUCUCACAAUAAACACAAAAAUGUAAAUAAAGUAAGUUAGAGAGUAGACACUCAGUUGUAGACAGUGUUUACAAGGUGCAUGAGAAAAUUCCUGACCUAAAUUUAAAUACAUCUGUUCAAUCAGCUGAUGGCUGACCUAGUUGUCAGUUAAAUGUAAACAUAAUGGAUCUCUAUAAUUAUGCACAGGGAAAAUAAUCAAAAUUAUUAAACUAUAUAUUUAUGAACACACAUUUUAAAGACUUGUUUUGUCUUUAUCAGAUGUAAAUGAACACACAUUUUAUAGACUUGUUUUGUCUUUAUCAGAUGUAAAUGAACACACAUUUUAUAGACUUGUUUUGUCUUUAUCAGAUGUAAAUGAACACACAUUUUUAAGACUUGUUUUGUCUAUGUCCGUACAUCAGUCUGAAUACU